AUGGGCGGCCGUGCCGUGUCGCCCGGAGCGGCCCUGCUGAGGACAUCGCGCAUGUUCUCCAUGCCCAAACCACUACCCGAACCACAAUCCACCAACCUCCAUUUCGGUGAUCACAGGUCCAACACCAUGACGAAACAAUACCCGCAGUACCAAUCGAUUACCUCGCCGCUUUCGUCGCGCGAAAAGGGCGAUUGGGGGUACAAGCGACCCUUCCCCCUCAAGUCGACUAUGGCCACGUCGACACCCCUGAUUCGGAUCAAGCAAGUCGACACCAUCGAGCAUGUGACGGACUUCGCUUCCGCCGCCGAUCACUCCUUGUCCCUGGAAAAGUUCCAGGAGCUGCGUGUGGCUCUCUCCGUUCCGAAAAGCAGCGACCGAAGGAACUCGAGAUCCGAUCUGUGGUACAAGUCCGUCUUCGAGGAGGACAUGGAUUUUACCAACCUUCAGCGAGGAGUCCCUGGCGACGAUCGGCGGUGGAAGUUCCAAGGCCCCUGGCUGGCCCGGAUGACGGAGGGCGAUUUUAUGGAAUAUCUCAACAAAAAGGUUCGGCCGAAGCGCACCCGAUUUCGUGUCCUUCUCAAAGAUAGACUUGCCCAAGACAUCACGACGCGUCAGAACAGCAUAGCUCUCGAGCAGGGAAAGCCGACGCCGCCCGCGGUAGAGGCCAAAGACAUUACCGAAGAGCAGUUUACCGACUACCUUCGGUCACUGCGAAACGAUCGCGUCACCCUGUACUCUCUCGUCUCCAAGUUUCUGGAUCUGGCGCCGCUCGGUCAACCCGUCGGCUUCAUCCAGUCCUUCUGGUCGAAGCAGGACACUGCCGCGCCAGAGAGCCCUUACGGGAAGUCUGGCCCGCCGCCCAGCCACCCGUCGGCAGGCAUCAGCUACCUGCGGACGAGCUCCUUUAUGGAGAACCACCCAGUCUACGGACCACAGGCCAAACGGACGCCCGCACUGGCUAGGGUCGUCUAUCCUCGGCUCGGUCCCUCUCCUGCCAAGCUUGGCGUAGGAGGCUUCGUUGCGGACGCGCCGCCUGGCGACAAUGAGUUCAACAUUCGACAUGGACGGGGCCGCACAGCGGCGAACAAGACCAUGCUCAACGGUAUCAUGCACUUGGACACGCAAACCUUUGGCGGCGCGAAGGCCUACGUCGAGCCGCAAACGGCCAGCGUCGACCCGAGCGGAAAGGUUGUCCUGCAGCUCCGGGAAACUUACCCAGAAGCGCAGGUCAUUGCAAAGGAAAACAAGGGCAUUUCCCACAUUUACCACGACGGUGCGACGAAGCGAGUCGUAGCACCUAAGAAAUCCGCGCAACAGGCGGCCAACGAGGCUGGCAAGUGGCGGAUGGAGCGAGUAUCCGACGAGAUUCUGGAUGCAAAGGAAGACGAGACUAGACUUUAA